AUGGAGGAACCAACCGGUGCCGCGGAGACCUCCGGCACCGUGGAGGCUGUAUCGCCACCGGAGGCCGCCGCGCCUACAAGCUCGGUUCCAGAGGCGCCUCGGCGCAAGUUAGUCGUGGACACUGGCGCAUACAACCGUUCUACAUACCUCGACCGAAGUGGCGACGAGUUGUUCGUGACCCGUGGCGUCAUGAAGGAGAUUGAACGUUUCAAAGACAAGAACCCAGUGGGUGCCCAUAUCCGUACAGUGUUCAACGUGACUGAGCGCGACCCCGUGGAGGAAGACAUCGCAAGGGUGAAGCGGUUCGCUGCACUGACUGGUGACCUGCCGUUUCUGUCAGCUAACGACAUCGGCUGUAUAGCGCUAACGCUGCGGCUGCAGGUGGAGAGCGGUGACACUUCGAGGCUGCGAUCCGAACCACUGCCGCUUUCAUUCUCCAAGACGGGAUCUAAAAAUGAGAAGGGUGACGCUGGGAAGAAGCGUGGUGGCCGCAACAAGCCCAAGAAAGGCGCAUCCGAGUCGGGUGCUGGCUUCGACUGCUGGAUCACACCUGAGAACGUGCACAGCUACAACAUCAGCGCCGGCACGCCCGAAUCGCACCAGAAAGUGGCGUGCAUGACGACGGACUUUGCGAUGCAAAACGUGUUGCUCCACAUGGGCUUGAACGUGGUGACGCUGGACGGGUUCGCUGCCAAGAGCGUGCGUAGCUGGGGGCAUUUAUGCAGGGCGUGUUUGGAGGUAUUUCCGAAUACUUUGCGCCAGUUUUGCAGCAACUGCGGCAACUCCACGGUCGACCGCGUGCCGCUGGUGGUGGAUGGGCAGACUGGACAGGUGACGGUGAAGGACACCCGGAAGUGGAUUAACACGCGAGGAACCAUCUACACGCAACCAAAGCCAGUCACUGGGAAGAGCAAACAAAUGUACAUCGUUGCCGAGGACCAGCUGAUGAUGCCACGUUAUCGCAACCAGUUGCGCAUCAUGAACCGCAAAAGCGGCAACGAUGACGUAUCCCACUUCAACGCGGAUGACUCCACAAUUGGUGCUGCUCUGGGCGGCCCUGAGAAGCAGUUGCCAGCACUGGCGCGGGUCCCCGUCGGUUUGGGGCGCGGCAACCCUAAUUCCAAUCAUUGGAUGAUGAAGCACAAGCGCGCAAUGAAGGAGUAG